AAAUAGCUAGGAACAUGAGACAAAGGGCACUCAUAUUUCCUCUUCUGAUCCGUGAAGGAAAACCAACACCAUUUGUCACUUUUGUGUUAGCACUUCUGUUCUGCAUUUUCAAUGGAUACUUGCAGGGCCGAAGCUUAAGCAACUAUGCAACUUACCCUCCGGGCUGGUUGAGAGAUCCACGCUUCAUUACAGGUUUUAUAGGGUGGUUGCUUGGCAUGGCAAUUAAUAUUCAUUCUGAUCAUAUUCUCAGAAAUCUGAGAAAACCGGGGGAAACUGGUUACAAGAUACCAAGAGGAGGAAUGUUUGAGUAUGUCAGUGGAGCCAACUUUUUUGGAGAGAUCCUGGAGUGGUUUGGCUUUGCCCUUGCCUGUGGCACCACUGAAAGCCUUGCAUUUGCAUUGUGUACUCUUUUCAUCUUGGGUUCAAGGGCAAGGCAACACCAUCAAUGGUACCUUGAGAAAUUUGAAGACUACCCAAAGGACAGAAAAAUUGUGAUACCAUUUUUGUACUGAGCUGUGCUUUUAACACUGUCUGAGAUGGAUGCUUUUAGUAACAGCUAACAUUUUACAGGUGGUGGCAAGUUAAAAACAUACUCUCAUCCUCACUGUGACAAAGCCUUUCCAUCGAUGCUGCUAUUACUUACUUCUUUUUCCUCUUAAUGGUAACCAAGAAUCUGAUGGACAUGGUGAAUAGGAACAGAAAUGCUUUUCCAGCAGUGAAGCACCUUCAUGAACACCUUAGGCAGUGAGUCUGACUGCCUGUGCAGGCUUCUGCUGUUUCCACUCAAUCUAGUCACGCUGUCAUGAGGAUUGUGCUGUGAGCCCAGUCACUCUCACUGCAGUCUGGAUGGUGUGUUCUGCCUAUUGUUUGCCAGCAUAUGCAAAUAGGGUUGAUUUUACUUUUUCUUCCUUGCCUUUCUAAUCCUUUCUUCCCUCCACCUGCAUUUUCAGGAGAUCUGAUGAUGCAGACCAAGGAAUUAAAUGAAUAUAGUUGCUGUUAGGUGAGAGGCAAUGUUCCUCCUCUUUGCACUCUUUCAUAUGGAUAUUGUAUAGAUAAUUCUAUACAGGAUACUGUGUAGAUAAUAUUUAAUACUAUUUACAUAAAAGUUGUAGGGUUAUCUUCCCCAAAUAAUAGAUUAAUAUUGUCAUCUACCUCUUAAAAUUGAUAGCUCUCUCAAUAUGCAAUAUGUCUUCUCAUUCUAAACUGUUUUUGGAAGGCAUUCUUUACUUAGGAUACUUAGGCCAGUCUAGCACUAUUAAAAAAUGUGUAAUAUUUUCUAACUCACUUUAUAAAAAAACCUUGAGAUUUUUACAAAAUUUUCUUAUUAUGUUGUUUUAAAAAAUCAAGUGUUUUUCUUCUUCUGUGGAUAACAUUCUAGAAAAUUUUAUAUUCUGGAAUAUUUUGUGUUGCAUGUCAUGUUAAUGUCAGUGCUCAUACUCCAACAUUUUACUCAUUAAGGACUUCAGAAUGCUUUUAAGAACAUGAUGCAAUUCCAAGCAUACAGACUUCCAAGUUUCAGGCACAUCUGUGUGCUUUGCAUGAUUGUGAUAAUAAAGAAUUUUUUAGAAUUCUUAAGAAAAAAACCUCAACAGAAACUAAUUUAAAAAAAAAAUCCAACAAAAAAGAAAACAAAAUAACAACCAAAUU